AUGAGCCCAGAAGAACAGCUCCAAAACAUUACAGCCACUAUCCACGCGGGAAAAAUUAAAGGUGAAAAUAAUCAAAUGGCUGCUCAAGUAAUAAAAUAUUUAAAACAAGGAAUAGCCUCAGAUGAUGGUUACUGGUGGAAUUGGUGUUUCUCUUCAUUUUAUGGUGCAGCUCAUCUGAAGACGCCAACAGUUGCGCCACGGCCUGGAAUUUUGUCGAAUUUAUAA